AGAAAAUAAAAGAAAUGGCAACUCUGUUCUCUAGAUUUCCUUGAGAUAAUUUAUCUUAAUGUUAGGAUUAAUGUUUGGUUUGUCCUGGAUAUAAAUAAUUUUCAAUAUGUUCCAGUGAGUAUGUAGGCAUUUGUUUAAAAUAAAAACACUUCAAUGCUAAAUAUUUAUGCUUUUAACUUUUUAAUGGGAGUGUCAUACAGAUGCGCUGACCUUCGUUUUGAUGCACAACGCACAACAAAGCAUCAAAUUGACGGCUGCCCUAUUUUCACAACAAUCUUACCAUUUACCCAAACUAGUUUUCAAGGCAUAUUUUUCGCGCUCCUAGCAAUUACAAACGUUCAGGUGCAAUUGUGACAAGUGUAUGUGAAGUUUAAACGAUAAUGGAAACUGCGACUACGCAAACAACUUCCAAUAGUGUGUGUUUCAUUAUCAGAGAAAACACUUUCUUUUUGACUUUUAGGAUAAUUGUAGUCAACUUUGCAAAAUAAAACAAAAAUAGUUCUCAAGAUGAACGAGAGGGAUAUUCCCAGUGUCCCUAUUACAACUUUAGCAGGAGUAGCCAGUUUAACUGACUUGCUACCAGUGCUACCUCUUCCAACUCCUCUACCAUCUACAUUGAACAACAAAUCUCAGUUAUUUCAUCCACGAGUUGCAGAAGAAGCUGCUAUUCUGCUUGCUACAAGAGAUGAUAAUUUAGUUUCAUUAUUAUUGCAAUCAUUAAUGCAGACAUCGGUUCAGCAUAUAGACUUAAAGGAUGAAACUAUACCAAAUGCUGUAAGCCCUGCUCCACAACAAUCCACUCCUGAGCUCUUGAAAGCAAUUCUUAGUGUCAAUCCUAAUGUAUUUGACCAACAACAAAGGAAUCAUUGGAGCAAUCACUUAAAUACAUCAAAAUUUAAUGGAAUGUCACCAUCACCAACCUUUAACUACACAUCACAUAAUACUGUUCAUUCAAGUCCAUCAUCACAUGGCACCGCAGUCCACUCAGCGCCAAUUCCUAAUCAGCAGCAGUUGGUAGCUCCACCAUGCCAGUCAUCACCUCAUGUUAAUAUGGGAUCACCACCAUCACAGGCAAGACCAGGAAGUCAAGUCAAUAUUGCUGCUCAAAAUAAUAUAUCUCCCCCUUGGAGCAGUGCUAAUCAGUCUAAAACAUACACAAGUCCACUAACAAAUACACCUAAUUCACAAAACGGUGGGUUCUACAAUAGCUUGCUACAAGAAAAUAGAAGUUUUGAGACCAAUAUUACUGAAGACAAGGAUCCACUCUCUGAUUCCCCAAGAAAUUUACCAGAACAACAACAGCUUACUAUGCAAACUCAGGACAAAGUAUUUGAACAAGAUGGAAAUGUUAUGACUGGACAAUCCCCAGCUCAGGCUAGCGUAGCACCAUCACCGCUACGCCAAGAACCUCAAGUGCCUCAACCCUCCAUGGGCACUCCUUAUGCACAAGAUCAGGCUAGAGGUUCUACUACUGUAAAUACUAGAUAUCCAGUGGUUAAAAUUGGUCGUCUGUCUGAGGGCUUGCUGAAAAAACAUGAUUUUACCACUGAGAGGGUACGGAAAAAUAGCACAGUUGAAACAGACUCAGACGACAACACACCAUUAAAACCACUAUCAAAGCAAAAACAAAACACACAAGUUCUCGAUAAAGAGAGGCAAGCUAUUGACAUGGCUCGAGAAAAGAAUUGGGAAGCUGUUAAAAGAAAACAUGAGGAAGCUAGUAAAAAGGAGGAGGCUGAAACCGCUAUCGUUCGACCCAAGUUACGGAAGGUUGAAAGGAGAUUAGUACCUGUAUUAGAGAUGUUAUCUGUUGAUGAACUUAUGGAGACCAACACUUAUCAAAGAUUUAAUAAACUGAUAGAAGCAGUUUUUGAAACAAUUGAUGAAGAUGUUAUAAUAACAGAUGAAAUGGAAGGUCCAGAUAUACCACAAGAACUGUUAUUGCCGCGAUACCAACUUCAAGAGUUAUGUUCAGAAGCUGCUAAGUUAAAGACACUUGGUGCUAUGGAAGCUAUUCCAGCUGACAGAUUGCUUCGGUUACUUAAUAUAUUGGAGAAAAACAUAAGGGCUGCUGAAAAAAUGUCACUUAUUGGAGAUCCGGAGGACAGCGAAGAAAUGCGUCAAAUAUGGUUAGAGUCUGCGUUAGAGAGAGUGAUGUGUGCAUCGGACGCAUGUCUGACGGCACUCUACAUAAUGACCUCUCCGAGUAUGCCCAAGCGCAUAUUCCUCGAGGACGUCAUUGAUAGGAUUAUAAUGUUUAUCAAAUUUCAAUUAAACAACACGAUUUAUUGCGUGUACGAUCCUGUGUAUAGCAUCCAGUCUACUUCGAAAAAGAAAGUGGAUGGUCGAAAGCGUCGGGGUGGUGGGGCGAAUCAGUCGAACAAGCGUAGCGCGGGGAAUUCAACGCGAGCAGUGCGGGAACUCUACACACAUGCGCACGAGUGUGUCACAUUGCUCGGCGAACUGUUCGCCGCGCACCAACUGACUGACACAACUGUGUUGCACGCCUCUACUGUCGCCGUAUCGCCGUUCUUCGUCGAGAACAUCAGCGAACUUCAGCUCUCCGCUCUCAAACUUGUUACUACGAUAUUCACAAAGUACGAGCAACACAGGCGGUUGCUUCUGGAGGAUAUUCUAGCGUCAAUAGCUCGUAUUCCGAGUUCGAAGCACAAUCUACGUUCGUUCCAGCUUAGCUCAGAUCAGCACAUUCAGAUGCUGACAGCGCUUGUAUUACAGUUGGUCCAAUGUGUGGUCACCCUACCUGAGACUCUGUGCAAGUCACAGGAUAAGAAUAAAGAGGUUGAGGUUGAGAGUAAGAAGCACGUAGACAAAGAUCUCCUAAUAAUUUCAAAGUACGAGGCAGCUAUCAGUGUGGGCGGCACGUUCCUGACAUCGUUCUUAAACAAAUGCCGGAGUCGCUCUGAGGAAGUGGAUUUUAGGCCUUUGUUUGAGAAUUUUGUUCACGACUUACUGACAACUGUAAAUAAGCCAGAGUGGCCCGCUACGGAAUUACUACUGAGCCUUCUUGGGACAAUGCUUGUAAAAUAUAUGUCGGAUAAAUCAAUGGAAAUGCCAGUUCGUGUGGCAUCUCUGGAAUAUUUGGGUUUGGUGGCGUCGAGACUGAGAAGGGAUAGCGUGCAAUCGCGAGCGAAGCUUUCCAGUAUGGACGCAGUUAUACGAGAUAUACGGACCGAGGAAGAAAAGGACGGCAGUCAAGCUCAUACACCCUCAUCCGGCCUAGACGAAGACGAGGAAAGGACAGAGUUCUUACAAAGAGUACUUCUUGACUAUUUAGCAAUCAACGGACAAAAAGAUCAAGCGUGGAACUGCUCCAGGCAUUUUUACAUCACACAAUGGUAUAGAGACAUGGUCAUUCAGCCCAAAGCAUCGCCUACGAAAAAACCCAAACACAAAUCUAAGAAACGAUAUAAAGUUCUCAGCAGUGAUGAAGACUCUGAUGCGGACGAGGACAGCGAAAGGGAGUCCAAGAAACAGGUGACGACUGCUGUAAUGUCCGCGGAGAAGUUCAAAACGAUAGAGCGAAGGAAAACUUUCUUCUUGGAGAAAAUCCGACCUUUUCGAUAUCAAGGUGGAACUCAGGUCCAAGUGAUGCAGUCCUACAUAGACUACAGUGGGGCGGAACUUAUCUCCCAGUACUUGGCUUCCAAGCGGUCGUUCUCGCAGAGUUUCGACAAGUACCUUAGAAAAAUCCUAGUGAUCCUGUGUGAAAAUACAAUAGCUAUCCGGACGAAAGCAAUGAAGUGUUUAACGAUGAUCGUGGAGGCGGAUCCCUCUGUGCUGGCGAGGCCUGAUAUGCAGAUCGGUGUCAACCGGUCUUUCCUCGACCAGUCUACUGCAGUGCGGGAGGCGGCCGUUGACUUGGUUGGCAAAUUCGUUCUCAGUCGACCGGAUCUUAUAGACAAGUACUAUGGAAUGCUUUCUAACAGGAUAUUGGACACGGGUGUGUCUGUCAGAAAACGAGUAAUAAAAAUCUUAAAAGAUAUAUGUAUAGAGUGUCCCGAGUUUCCGAAAAUACCCGAGAUUUGUGUAAAAAUGAUUAGGAGAGUGAACGACGAGGAGGGUAUUCGGAAAUUAGUUAUGGAGGUAUUUCAAAAUAUGUGGUUUACGCCAUGUCGUAAUACAGCCAGACCGGGAACAUUAGACCUUACCACGGCCACAGCAGAUCCCCUGACUAGGAAGGUCUUGAACAUCACUGAUGUUGUGAUCUCCUCGAGGGAUAUGGGCUUGGAGUGGUUCCAACAGUUAUUGACUAGUUUAUUUAAACCUAAGGAGGACAAAGACGAUUCAACGAAGAUUAUAUACCAGCCGCCUAAAUCCCUGCUUGUUGCGUGUCAACAAAUAGUUGACUGCCUCAUAGAACAUUUACUGCAGUUAGAGGAAACGAAUACGGAUGGUAACAGUUCAUCACAGCGUAUUUUAGCGUGCCUCUCAACACUACAUUUGUUUGCAAAAAUACGGCCGCAGUUGCUCGUUAAUCACGCACUUACGUUGCAACCAUACUUGAGCUUAAAAUGUCAGAACCAAUACGAGCAGCAAAUAAUGUCAACGGUGGCUUCGACCCUGGAGCUGGUAGUGCCUUUAAUGGAACACCCCAGCGAAGUGUUUCUGGCUCAGCUGGAGGAAGACGCAGUGAAACUGAUUCUCCAGCGGGGGCAGCUAGUUAUAGCCUCAUGCAUCGCCUGCUUAGCAGCCAUCGUUAACAAUCUAACGCACAACUACAAACUCAUACGGGACGUCUUUAACCAAUAUCACAGUAUUCUUCUGCAGUGGAAACAGGGCUGGCAACGGAAUCCCGACGUGACCCGGUCAUUGCACUCGAGGCCCCACUUCCGCCGAGCACUGUUCAUUGUGGGCCUUCUGUUAAGAUACUUUGACUUUACCGAUGGCAAAGUUAUUGACGGAUUACAAAAUGACAUCAAAGAACAAGUGUACAGUACAUUAAUGUAUUUCGUUGGCCUUGAAGACGAAGACUUUGUGUCACACACGUUGAAAGCGCUCGGCUCUGUGUGUGUCAGGCAUUAUGAGUUCAUGUUAAGGCCAGAAUUGAAGGAGUUCUAUCACCAUCUCCUUACGUCUGACCUUGCUCCUAUUGAGAUGAAAGCAGAUGUUCUCAGAAAUAUUGAGAUGUACUUACAAGAGGAAGAACAGCGGAUGAUCAGACAGGAUAAGGAAUGGUCAAAAAAUUGCAAAAUGGAGAACCUAAAGGAGAUGGGAGAUGUUUCAUCUGGUAUGGCAUCGACCGUGAUCCAGUUGUACCUGAAGGAAAUUCUCGGCUCCUUCCUCCACCCCAGUACUACAGUGCGAUCCAGUGCCAUGAAAGUGGUUCAGUUGGUGCUCGCGCAGGGCCUGGUCCAUCCCGUUCAGAUUGUCCCCUAUUUAAUAUCGAUGAGUACAGAUACAGAAGUAACUGUGUCACAUACAGCGGACAAAAACCUUCAAGAGAUUGACAAGAAAUAUCCAGGUUUUAUUCACAUGAAGGCUCAACUUGGUAUCAAGCUGUCUUACCAGUUACAGAAGAUUUUGCAGGCGAAAAACAAAGGUGUCAUUAGAGGGUUUAGGAAAAAGGAGCAAGACGAUCUACCGUCCGCGCUGAAUGGUUUUUUAUAUUCAUUAUUACGAAAUACGAGACCGCAGAGACGGGCACUCGUGUUGUCGUUACUGAAACAGUUCGACGAUGCUUCGACUGCACCACUGAAUCAGAUGUUGUUUCUGGCUGAUAACUUAAGUUAUUUUCCAUAUCAAGUUCAAGAUGAACCCCUUUUUAUAAUACACCAUAUCGACAUUAUCAUUUCUACUUCGGGAUCCAAUCUCUUGCAGCUUUUUCGUGAGGGAUUAAUUAAGGACGAAACAGAGGAGAAAGAAAAAGAGGCACUGGAUGAAGAAGACGAGGAAGAGGAAGCCGAGUCGCUGGUCUGCCGGAUGCCUGAAGAUGCCAGGCCGCUAAGGGACGCUAUGAGACAGGCCCGGGGCUGCUUAUUGCUGCUCGUGCUUAAGCAGCACUUAAAGCAGUUAUACGGCCUCACUGACGCAAAAAUAAAUCAGUAUUCGCCAUCGGAAAAUGUGAAAGUAUAUGAGAAGGCAAUAUCGCGGAGACACGCGCCGCAAUUCGAGCCCAAAGCGACGAUCGCACAGCUCGAACAAGGCGAUGUCGAUGAAGAACUCGAUGAACGCGCGCGUCGUCGAAUCGUCGAUGACUACUUAGAGUUUAAGCAACUAAUGUUGAAAUUCGACCCUGAAGAAGAGGAGGAGGAGGAGGCCAAUGCAGCGACGAGUACGGCCGGAGCGGCAGCGGGGGCAGCAGCGGGCAGCAAGAGCGUACCUCCGCCCGCUGCGCCCCCGCCGGUCCCGCCCACAUAGCCGUCACGCUAGACCCGCACGAAUUAACCGCGUACGUACACGCGUCACGCCGAUGACACGCGCUAAACCCGCGGCGACACGAGUACUCGAAGCCCUGCGGUGAGCGGAACUUUUGUCGCUUUUCUAUGCGUACGCGAGGCAGAUAGGUUCCCGAAUGUGAAUCAGUCGAAACCAGAUUGAGCUGUCCAGCUGAUGCUGAAGUUUAAAGACUUGAGAUUUGAUUGUUGGUUGCGGUAAAUGUCGCAUAUGUUAAAGGCAAUAUCUUCUGUCGGCGUCGACGCAGCGGCUCUUAGUGGCAUAGUUAUUACACUGUGCUACUAAUUCCAUUCGAAUUUUAAAUUUAAUUAAGUUAUGAUUUUCAUGUAUUCUUAAAUUUAAAUGUUAUAUUUAAUUUAUUCCAUUAUCGUAAGAAGUGUCGCCGUGGUUGUGCGCGUGAGUUUUGUGUCGGCCUCAGUGCAGUGAACUAUAUCAGUGAGAAGACACUUAAGUGCGCGAUCCAUCGCCGGUACAUAACGAUUUUUUAUACUUUUUAUUUAUUUUGACGGAUCGCGUGGCCCGGCCGCCGCCUCGAUUGAUGCGAUUCUAAAUUUUUUUUUUAUCUAAGUUAUAUACAAUUUUGAUUUAUAAAAGUCUCGUGUGUAGAUAAUUUCUAUGAAGAAUAUAAAUUAUAUGUAAUGUUUCCGAAUCGAGGUCGCGUUCGUUAGAGCGAGUGACUCGUAGGUCAAUUUGUUGUCGCGCCGCGACCGGUACAAGGAAUAGAGUGCAUAAUUUUUAUACGUAUCGGCGUCUAUGUAAUAUAGAUUUAAAAGAUUUUAUGUUGAAUGUGGAGGAUACUGCAAUAUGCUGCAUUUCGAUAAAUAAGAGAACAUUAAAGCUACACGGAUAGAUUUUUAUUUA